AUGGCGGUUCUCCUCCUCCUCCUCAUGGCCGCCGCGUCGUGGCAGUGCUCUUCCGCCGCCACUUAUACUGUCGGCAACGCAUUGGGUUGGACUGUCCCGCCUAUUUCUACUGUCUACUCCGAGUGGGCUUCCGAUAAAACGUUUGUCGUCGGAGACAUUCUUGUUUUCAACUUUGUGAAUGAACGACAUGACGUAACGGAAGUGACAAAAGGUUCUUAUAAUUCUUGCAAUGGGAGCAAUCCGAUCUCCGUGGAGACCAAGAGUCCAGCAAGGAUCACACUCGCUUCUACCGGUGACCACCACUUCAUGUGCUCGUUCCUUAGCCAUUGCAACGAUGGUCAAAAGUUGUCCAUCACCGUCAGAGCAACCUCUUCUUCUGCUCCGUCACCCUCUCCCUCUCUCACCGCCGGCCUCACCGCACCUCCGCCCUCAAUCGCGACGCCUCCAUCUGACAACGUCCCUUCAACUCUAUCUCCAACUACCGCCCCAUCGCCUCCCAGCACCGCUACAUCGCUCCGAGCCUCCACCUUCUCCACCUCUAUUCUUGCCGUCGUCGUCGCUCUGGUGUAUUAGCCGUCGUGGCGUUAAUUAAUUAAUUCGG